AUGACGGCAACAAACCGCUCCAGGGGGAACUUCAGAAGGCACGAGGCCGAGCAGAGGUGCCAAGGCUGCCUCCUCUUCCAGCAUCCGGGUGGAGAAGAAGUCCUGCUCGAACAAGCUGGUAGAGAUGCCACAGAGAGCUUUGAAGACGUUGGGCACUCCACAGAUGCCAGGGAGAUGCUGAAGCAGUACUACAUCGGGGAGAUCCACCCGCAUGAUCGUAAAAAGGAGGGUUCUAAGGAUCCAAGUGUGACAUCCUCAGGCCAAUCAAGUUUCUGGUCAACGUGGCUAAUCCCCAUCGUCGGAGCGCUGGUCCUAGGAUUAAUGUAUCGCUAUUACAUGCUGGAUGGGAGAACCUCCUGA